AUGUCUACGGAUGCCAUAUUAAUUUCAUCUUUUACAUUUGCAACAAUGCAAAUCAAUCGACAUUUAGCAUUAUUCGUGCUUCUGUUUGGAACUGUUGGCAAUCUUCUCAAUAUUUGGGUAUUGAGCGAACGUUCGUUAAGCCAUAAUCCAUGUUCAACUUAUCUCUGGUGGUCUUCUCUUUCCAGUGUCAUUUUUAUUUGGUCAGGAAUAUUAACUCGCGUACUUCAAGGAUACAGCUUCAAUUGGCCAAAUGAAAAUCAACCUCUAUGUAAAAUUCGACUUUUUAUUUUAAUAGUAUGUUUUUCUGUGUCUGCAUGGAGUCUUGUCGGUGCCAGCAUUGAUCGAUAUCUACGCAGUAGUGUUAUAGUCAAAUUUCGAAAUUUAAGCACUGUUCAAACAGCAAGACAACUUUUGAUCAUUAUUAUUACUGUAUCUGUUCUAAUAUUUCUUGAAGUUUUCUAUUGUUAUAACGCAAGUGUGCCUAAUGUUCCUGUAGCUUGUUAUUCUCAAAGUCUAUCAUGUCGAUUAUACAAUGAUUGGAUGCUUAUUUUGAUCUGUACUGUUAUACCAAGUUUUUUUAUGGCUGUUUUUGGUUCAUUGACAGUUCGCAAUAUUCGAACACGAAUUGUUCAACCAGCAGCGCAUGUAGAACUUCCACAUAAUACAACGUAUCAAAAUUUACGAUUGCGACUAAAUGAUCGUAAUAUUAGUCAUAUGUUACUAAUUCAGGUUAGUUUCAAAUUUCUUCUUUGUGUUGAACAAUCUAUUUUUAUUGUUUUCAAACAAUAG